CUUGCUGCCGCCCAGAACUGCAACACCGGCCCCAUCCAGUGCUGCAACAGCGUUGAGAGCUCCAGCUCCGCUGCGGGCUCUGCGCUUCUGUCGCUCCUUGGUGUCGCGCUCGGCGACAUCACCGGGCAGAUCGGCCUGCAGUGCUCGCCCCUCUCCGUCGUCGGCGUCGGCUCGGAGGCGUGCGGCGCGCACCCCGUGUGCUGCCAGAACAACAACGUCGGCGGUCUCAUCUCCGUUGGAUGCAUCCCCGUCGAGCUAUAA